ACACCAGAUUUGUCAUCUAUCCAGAUUCAGAAUUCUGCAACCUUGACCUUGGCAGUUCUGCGAUAACGACGUUACUGAGACUUCAAUUGCAAUGCACAAUUUAUCUAACGCCCGAAGGAAGCUUUGUUUGAACAGCUGUUGUUUGUUAAUCGGUUACCGACUGAAUAGUGAGUCAUUAUACUCAAUUUAGAGUGUAAGUUCUGGGUGCUUGUGGCUCCUCUAUAAUUUCGUGAGUAAUGAAUAAUGAGUGAAUCCACUGUAAUAUUACAACAAAUCAGUAGCCCCACCAUUAUGUUUACAAUAUUGCUAGUUCUUUUGUACAUUACCAAUAUUUAAUUGUAUUUGGUUCUACCCUUAGACUUUUUUAUAUUACUUAAUUCCUAACAUAUAAAUUUAAUUAAAAUGCCUGUGCCUUUAACUAAAAUCAUAUGUUGUUGCUAUUCUGAUGACAAUACAACAGAUAAGUUACUAAAAAAGAGAUUGAGAGACCACAAAUAUUGUGGGUGCAGAGAGAGAAUAUCUAGUCGGCAGCGAUUUAAAAUGAAAUCAUGUGAUGACAGACGAACGCUGGUCGAAAAUGAAGUUUGUGAAGCAUUGGAGUACGAUUUCAGUGUUGAUAACGCGGAGGAAGAAUUUUGCCUGACAGAUCAGGAAGAGUAAUACAUUUCCAUCCAGUCCAAAAAUUCUUUUCUUUCUCUAAGCUUCAAUCCUCCAUUUAUUAUGUCCUUACCCCAUAGAAAAACACAUGUAACUCCUUUUUCCCAUGAACUCACUUUUGCCCUCCAUCCACAAUCUGACCUCAUCAUACAAGGUGUCGUCAACGAGAAAGCCAUCAGAUUUUCAGUAAACUUACUGAUUGGCCACAAUGAGAGACCUGACAUUGCCUUCCACCUUAACCCCCGCCUGGACAUGCUCUACAUCGCCCGCAACACCCGCCUGGAUGGCCGCUGGGGAAUGGAGGAGGGUAGUGGAUUGCAAAAUUUUCCCUUUGUGAGAGGCGAGCCCUUCAUAAUUGAGAUCUUCCUAACACACUCAAAUUUUAUGGUUGCAGUGAAUGGGAUACACUUUUGUUCGUAUACUUACCGUACAUCUUUAUUGAACAUCACCGAUGUGGAAGUGACAGGAGCAGUAACUUUGUCUAAAGUACAUCUUCGUACCUCUCAAAUCUAUCCCGCCCCUCUUCCCUCUAAUUAUCCUCCCAGUCCACAUGUAACACCACUGGAGUCAUAUGGGACUACUAAAAUUAAGCUUCAAAGUACACCAAUGUAUGGAAUUUUACAAAAGAAGCUAACAACAGAUUCAGAAAUAGUGAUCACGGGCAAAGUUCAGUUGUUACCAAACUCAUUCUUUGUGAAUUUGCAACAAAGCUCAGACAUCUGGCCCCACCCAGAGAUACCUUUUCACAUCUCUACAAGAUUUAAUCACGAGAGAAAGUAUGUGAUCCUGGCUAACGCAUGGAUUGACGAAGACUGGGGCUUGGAGGAGUUCUGUAUCAACCCUCCCUUAUUCAUUCCUGGGUCAGAGUUUACUCUGCGGAUCUUGUGUCGUAGUGAUGGCUUCGUAGUUGAGAAGGACGGCGAAUAUCUACUGACCUUCAGGCAUAGAGUGCCUUACAGAAAUAUUGAUACAAUUCUAAUUGAUGGUGAAAUUUUUCUAUACAAUAUUACGGUACACUUAUAACAUAUUUUGUGUACUAUUUAUAUUAUUAUUUGUUACUUAUGUUAUUAUACAUCAAUCUAGUCUUCUAUAUAAAUUUACAUAUUGUAUAAAAUUAUAUAAUAUUGUACUUAUACAUUAUAAACUACUUUUAUUAUAUAUUUAUCAUUGUUGCUAAUUGUUUCCCUUUUUCAAUGUAAGACUUUAUUUUUCAUGUCAACUCUGGAAUUGACUAACUUAAAUGUUGUUUCACACUAGAUUGAAUAUUUUAGAAAUUGGAUAUUCCACUUAAUAACACCAUUAAAAGGACAUGUUACACUAUAUUAAAGCCUUAAAUACCUAUACAUGUCUCGUGACGUUACUUUGUGGGGUGGUUGUUCACGUUUCAACUUGUCCAGAUGUGUCUAAUUGUAAAAAAUAACAAUUAGAAUAAUAGCAAAGCUUGGUUUCAAAGAGUCGUGUAGGGAGGGUGUUAGAAGACUCGGAAUUGCUGACACUCCCAUCCCACUAUGUUUACGAGAUCGUCGGAACAAGUUAAAACCCCACGUAACUGGGACGUGCUUGGGUACAACACUAGAAGCAAAGGCUCCAAACUUAUGAAGUUUUACACUCUGAAGUUGGAGCCAAAUUGAUCAAUUUGCUUUCCUCUCUGUAUACGUGAGAAACACUAUUUAAAAAGACAUAGAAAAUAUUUUUAGCAAGACUGAGCCUUCUGCAGCAUUGCUGAGUUCGUGGACCCUGUGGCAGGGCGUUAAGACUCUGGCACAAGUUUUUAGUUUUUUUUUAUUUUACAUUUUUAAAAUUAUUUAUUAUUUUACAGUUUUAAUUAUAUGUUUUUGAUUAUCUGUUACACACUGUUUAGUUUAAUUUGAAGUAACCUGGACUGCUUUGUAUAUUUAAAUUACAUAUGUAAUGUUUUGUAUACAUAUGUAUUUUUUUUUUUUUUACUUUAUGUUAAACUUACUUUUAUGGUUUAACCACUCACCUUAGAAUUAAUCUAUUACAAUGACGGAUGCUACAUAACUUGUAAAUUGUUUUGAAGCAAUAAAGAGAUUUAUUAUUA